ACGCCUAGCCCACAAAUUUUUUGCGGGUCGCCCGAGGAAAAAUAAACCAAAUAAGGAAACGGCUGCGCCUUUUGCGUUUGUGUGUGUCGACCACCUUGGAGAAGGCAAGGGCUGCUGCUUCGAGAGAAAUAAACUGUACCUCGUAGAGAACCAGUCUUCUAUCCAGCAAAAACCGAGCGGGCGUGAGGUGAGGCGCCAUGGCAGAUCUAGAGCAACUGAGACAAGAGGCCGAAAACCUCAGAAAAAAGAUUAGGGAUGCAAGGAUGGCAGUAGCUGACACGUCACUCAGCGAAGUGGCGUCGGAAGUUCCUCCGAUCAACAGGAUCAGUCUUAGGACGAGGAAGACACUGAGAGGACAUCUGGCCAAGAUCUACGCCAUGCACUGGGCCUCUGAUUCAAGGAACCUUGUCAGUGCUUCUCAGGACGGAAAACUGAUUGUGUGGGACGCUUACACCACAAACAAGAUCCAUGCCAUUCCCCUGCGAUCGAGCUGGGUAAUGACAUGUGCCUACGCCCCGUCUGGCAGUUUCGUUGCCUGCGGAGGUCUGGACAACAUCUGCUCCAUCUACAGCCUCAAGACAAGGGAGGGGAACGUGAGGGUCAGCAAGGAGCUGCAGGGACACACCGGCUACCUCUCCUCCUGCCGGUUUCUCGACGACUCACGAAUUCUGACUUCCUCUGGUGACAUGAGCUGUGGACUGUGGGACAUUGAGCACGGCCAGCAAGUCCUGGGAUUUGUCGGCCAUACCGGUGACGUAAUGAGUCUCUCUGUGGGUCCUGAUAAUAACACCUUUGUCUCCGGGGCCUGCGAUGCCACCUCUAAGCUGUGGGACAUCAGAGUGGUCAGUGCCACCAGACCUUCACUGGACAUGAGAGUGACAUCAACGCCGUCUCUUUUCUUCCCUAAUGGCCAAGGGUUUGCUACGGGCUCUGACGAUGCACUUUGUAGACUGUUUGACAUCAGAGCUGAUCAGGCCAGCAGCCAUAUUCUAGGCAGCGAGGAGAGAGGUCGGACCCGCUCUCAGACCCGCAGGAUGUCAGAGAAGGAGGACGAGACCACUCCCACCAAGCCCUCCGUCAAGAGAGCCUCCACCACGACCCAGACUGCCAAGGAAGGAGAAGAAUUUCUGGAGAGGCAGGCUAAGCAGGCGAAACUGGACGAGAAUGGAGACAAGGCGGGAACCGCAGAGGCCACUGAGGCAGAGGCAUAAUCCCUUCCUUCCUCUCUCUCUCCCCUUAUCCUCCAUUGACCAACUAGAACACGGUAGCUAUCUGUACCCAAGACCCAACACUGCUGUCUUCACAUACACACUACAUCUAGCCAGCCACACGCACAUCCAUUGUAUACAGUAGCCCAUGCAAAGACCUCUUUCAUUGUAUUGUAUUGUACUGUACAGAAUGAUAGCAAUAGGUUAUAUUAUAUACUGUGUUGUAAUAAUCUUGCUGCUACAGUUUAAAAUGAAAAG